CGCCGUGAGGGGGAGCGGGGCCGCCAUGUUGGCCCCGGGGGCGGCGGGACGGGCCCUGAGGCGGGUCCUGGGCCUGAGCCGGGGGCUGCUGAGCGCGGGAGCACCGGGAGUGGCGGCGGGACGGGCCCUGGGCCUGAGCCGGGGGCUGCUGAGCCCAGGAGCACCGGGAAUGGCGGCGGGGCGGGCCCUGAGCCUGAGCCGGGGGCUGCUGAGGCCGGAGACACCGGGAGUGGCGGCGGGACGGGCCCUGAGCCUGAGCCCUGGCCUGGGCUCGGUGGUGGUGGAGCGCGUGUGGCCGGUGCCGCUGGCGCGGCUGGGAGCGGCUCCCCGGUUACACCCGCGCCGGCACCGCGUUUUCCGCCUGGUGAGGGACGGGAAGCACCUGCCCCGCUCCCGCAUGGAGCUGCUCCUGACCCGCUCCGUGCAGGGCGUGGGGCGGCGCGGGGCCGUGGUGAGCGUGGGGCAGCGCCUGGGCAGGAACCGGCUCCUCCCGCAGGGCCUGGCCGUGUAUCCCACCCCGGAAAACCUGCGGAUCUUCCAGGAUCAGGACAAGCUGGCUCAGGAGGGGAAGCUGGAGGAGCUCCAAACCCCAAGCGGGCAGAAGACUCUGGAAUUCCUGCGGCGCUGCCGGCUCCAGGUGGGGAUGAAGAACAACGUGAGCUGGGAGCUCAGCCCCGACAGUGCCCGGCACUUCCUCAAGAACCUCGGGGUGUUUGUGCCCCCCCACGCUCUGCGCCUGCCACCAGAGCCCAUCCGGCGCUGGGGACACUUCUGGUGUGACGUCACGGUGAACGGGCUGGACACUGUUCGUGUUCCCAUGGACGUGGUGCAGUUCCUGCGCCCCAAAACCAAACGCUUCUGGCACUGGCGGGAGCAGCAGCGGCAGCAGCUGGAGAGGAGCCGGGAGCAGCUCCUCUGACACCCCCGAGGCUUUUGGGGUCCCCCCCAGAAGGAUUUGGGGUUCCCCCCAGAGGAUUUGGGGUCUCCCCAGAAGGAUUUGGGGUCCCCCCCAAGGAUUUGGGGCCGUUUUCCUCCUUUUUGGGACCCCCCUGAGCUCUGGAAGUCCCGGACAUCUCCCGAUUCCCAGAGCAGCAGCUCCGGAGUUUUGGGGUUGUCCUGAGCCCCCCCAAAUCCCCCUGAACCCCACUCUGCCCCAGGGGGGGCCCUAGCGGGGAUUUGGGGUCCCCAGAAUGGAUUUGGGUCCCCAGAAUGGAUUUGGGGGGUCUCUGGGAUGGAUUUGGGGUCCCCAGGAUGGGUUUGGGGUCCCCAGGAUGGAUUUGGGGUCCCCAGAAUGGAUUUGGGGUCCCCAGGAUGGGUUUGGGGUCGGUUCCCCACUUGAGGGGAACUCCUGGACAUCUCUGGGUUCCCAGAGAAGGAUUUUGGGAUUCUCCUAAGCCCCCCCAAAUCCCCCUGAGCCCUGGGGGUCCCCAGGAUGGGUUUGGGGGUCCCCAGGAUGGAUUUGGAGUCCCCAGGAUGGGUUUGGAGUCCCCAGGAUGGAUUUGGGGGUCCCCAGGAUGGAUUUGGGGUCCCCAGGAUGGGUUUGGGGUCCCCAGGAUGGAUCUGGGGUCCCCAGGAUGGAUUUGGGGUCCCCAGGAUGGAUUUGGGGGUCCCCAGGAUGGGUUU